GGCAAUAUUGUAAAGCUUACAAUUUUGCAUUUGCAUUGAAAUUUGCUUGUGCUCUGGUUUGCUGAUUUGUGUAAAAGAUGAAGAGAAAAUUGCAACAAAAAAGAAUUAAAAAGUGGACGCAAGAUGAAAUAAGUAAAAUUAUUGACUAUAUUAUAAAAUAUGGAAAUUUGGAGAAACCAACAGCACGGAUUUACUAUGAGGCAUUCCUCAAAAUUUCGCCCAUUGAUGCAACCUGGGAUUUGAUAAAAUGGAAGGUUCGCCAUUUAAGAACAAUUUUCACUAAGGCGAGACUUUGGACGAACUCGCCAGACGCUAAAUUGUUGAGCGCUGAGCGUUUCCAAGAUAAGGUGAAAAAAUUGUGUCCAAAUUAUUACCGCUUACUAAAGAUAUUUGGCGAAGAAAAAGGAGAAAUAGUUGAGAUUUUGGAUUCAAAUGGCUCAUUUGCGGAUUGCUAUGAUGAGUCGGAGGAAAAUAUUGAUUUGACAGAAGAAGUAAAGGUAUUUGAAGGCUACAAAGAAACAACUAAUAAUUGGAAUGAUGAAACUGUAGUAAGCAUAAGUAAUAUUGCAAAUGCAUCAGUUCCUGCAGACACAGAACAAGAUGAAAAUAAGCGAAUUUUAGCACAUUCCCCAUUUGUUCCAGAGGUGGAUAGAAAUGAACACAUAAUUUCAGAUACAGAGGCGGCAGAAACUGAGCACAAGCCAGUGGAGGAAGCUUUGUUUGUUGCAAAGAAACUUAAAAAAGAGUCGCUCAGACAUUCGCUAUCUGCUCUAAGUCAGAGUCAAGAAGGUCGGAAUAAAACGCAACGUUUACGACUUAAAUUCGAAGAAUAUAAGUUUGAACAAGAAUUUGCAUUUACCAAAGAGAAAUUUAAAGCAGAACAAGAGUUAAAACAGCAAGAGCUUGAACUAAAAAGAAUGGAAAUUGAAAGUAAUGAAAAGCUUAGAAUAAUGGAAAUGGAAAAAAAUGAACGUAUAGCGAAAUAUGAACUCAGUUUGAAAUAUAAAGGUCAAAGCCGAUUUGUAAGUAAUCUACAUGCAGAUUUCUGAUAACGAAACGCUUGAGCAGGAAGUUUUACAAAUUUGCCCACAUACGUACAUACAUAUGCAUAUGUAAAUUGUAUAAGCAAACGGUUCUGGUUGUUCCUUUUAUACUGCGCCACCAAACCUUUACGUCGGUUUGAGCUUAAGAAGAAUUUUACAACUUUUAUAUGAAUCGCUUAUUUUUUAGUUGAAGUCCUUAAAAAAUAUAUAUCACAAAAUUUGCAUAUAGCUAACC